AUGGUAACGGCCGUUCUACCGGUUGUGACCGGAAAUGUCCAUGAACCAAAGUAUUCGACAUCGUUGGCUUCCGAUGCAACAGACAUCCAGAACAGCCCCGACGAUCCUGUUUCAUCGCAAGAUGUAGGAUUGAAGGCUGAUAUAAAGUCACCGUCAUCCAGACUAGCCGGGUUUGUGGGCAUGUGUGCUGGUUGUGGUGCCCUCGUCUCCCUGGUGGCCUUUCUUCCACUCCCAGCCCGUUUCCAAAGCUGGGGACUCUCCCCACCCCAAGCAAUUCAAUACAGCUACUACUUAGUUGCGUUAGUAGCAGUAUUGGUCAGUGCCUGUUGUCUUAUCGGCUUGAGUAACCUCCCUGGUGAAGAAAAUAAAGCGUGGAGCUCACUAUUGUCUUCCCACGGCGGUACUCCUGGGACUCCUGGGACAGAAUAUAGGGCCCCAACAUGUUCUGUUGGCGACAAGCGUCGACUGUCUUAUUUCCACCACCUUCGUGCGGCUGUUAUCUUGGGGUUUUGCCAACGCGACAUCUUCAUAGGCUAUCUAGCCGGCUUUGUGGCACGAGCUUCAUCAGUGGGCAUAUCAUUGUUCAUCCCGCUCUUUGUUAACCAUUAUUAUCGGACAUCCGGUCUAUGUGAUGGCCGCAAUCAUCAAGAACAGCCUAACACCACUUCCGGCGAUAUCAAGGAGACCUGUCGUGAAGCCUACGUGCUGGCUUCGAUUUUGACAGGCGUAUCACAGCUGGUAGCGUUGAUUACAGCGCCUAUGUUCGGGUUUCUGUCCGAAAAGUCACAGAGGUAUCAUCUACCUCUGCUAUUCGCUUGCUUAACGGGUGUUCUCGGUUAUACGGCAUUUGGGCUGCUUCCGAGUCCACAGUUUAAAGGGGAAAAUGGAAACGUAGGCGUGUUUGUAGUAUUGGCAUUGCUUGGGAUCAGUCAGAUUGGGGCUAUUGUUUGCAGCUUGGCGGUGCUCAGCAGCGGUAUCCUGAACAUUAGUGACGAUUCUCGCAAAUAUGAAACAGAAGAUCCACCACUGACCGAGAGGGAGUUUGACCCCGAUGCUGAUGAGCAGCGACCUCUACUGGACCGGGCAGUGAAUCGGAAAACUCAGCCGCUGGCGCACCUUAAAGGGUCAAUUGCUGGAGUAUACUCCCUGUACGGUGGGGCGGGGAUCUUGUUUCUUACCAAGGUUGGCGGGCUUCUAUUUGACGUUGUAUCCCCCAGUGCACCCUUCUACAUCUUGGCUGGGUUCAACGGGGCCCUGCUCCUGGCUGGAGUUGUCAGCGGGCUAUUUAGCCGGUCGACAAGACUGGCGCCGGUGAAUGGAACAUAG